AUGAAGCCCGUCGUUUCCGCCUUUAAUGCCUGGACAUGCGUUGUCAUCUCCGUCUUCGCCAUCGUCAUCCUCUCCGUCAUUGGUGCUCUCUUCAAGACAAACAACCACUCGAUGAUGGGCUCUGAGGAAGACCCCACUGAUGGCGCUGCUGUCGCCGCUUCCGUCUUUGGUGCUGUUGCUAUCUACGGUGCUUUCCUCGUCUUUUGCGCCGGCCAAGCUUAUUUGCAUCAACGAGACAGAUCAAGAGGCGCCAUUGCCCUGUCAUAG